CGCUUGAACUUCAGUGCAGUGAUCCUUGCUAGCCAGCAAGAGGGUCACACUGGAUUUCCACCCGAAUUAGCCACGAGAGGGAGCUAUUGGGUUUGCAAGCUCCUGAUCUUCUGCACUGCGGUGAGGCGGGGAGUAUCCAAGAGGCAGUCGGGAGUCCCACUUUCACAGCUGAUACCACGCCGCCUGGCCAGCUUGGGUACAUGAACUAAGUAGCUGCACCGACACCAACUGGGAAAGGAACUGGGGAUUUAACUGGCCUCUGCCUCUCCAUCAGUGCCUCCUCCCAUUCGUAGUCCCAGCAGGCUGCGCGCCACCAAGGGCGGGGUGUCCGCCUGGUUGACCGAGAAGCGCUGGAAGCUGGGAGUCGCAAGAAGAUCUGGUUCCCAGUUCUGCUGACCUCGCCACCCCGGACUGCACACAGCAAUCAUGGCACAGCCUCUGCCCGACGUUGAGGAGGAUGACUGUCUUUCUGAAUACCACCACCUCUUCUGCCCGGACCUUCUCCAGGACAAAGUGGCCUUUAUCACAGGUGGUGGUUCUGGGAUUGGCUUCCGGAUUGCCGAGAUUUUCAUGAGGCAUGGCUGCCACACUGUCAUCGCCAGCCGGAGUCUGCCAAGAGUGUCCAUGGCUGCUAAGAAAUUGAUUGCUGCAACCGGGAAGCGGUGCCUCCCUUUGUCUAUGGAUGUCCGAUUGCCCCCAGCUGUCAUGGCUGCUGUGGACCAAGCACUGAAAGAAUUUGGCAAAAUCGACAUCCUCGUUAACUGUGCAGCUGGAAACUUCCUUUGCCCUGCCGGUGCUUUGUCUUUCAAUGCCUUUAAGACUGUGGUCGACAUUGACACCAUUGGCACCUUCAAUGUGUCUCGUGUGCUUUACGAGAAGUUCUUCCGGGACCAUGGAGGAGUGAUUGUGAACAUUACUGCCACGCUCAGUAUGCGGGGUCAGGUGCUGCAGCUCCAUGCAGGCGCUGCCAAGGCAGCUGUGGAUGCUAUGACACGACACUUGGCUGUGGAAUGGGGUCACCAGAAUAUCCGUGUCAACAGCCUGGCUCCUGGUGCCAUCAGUGGCACUGAGGGGUUGCGGCGAUUAGGAGGCUCCAUGGCCAGUUCGAAAUUAAAGCAUCCUUUUUCACCUAUUCCAAGACUCGGAACCAAGACAGAGAUCGCUCACAGUGUGCUGUACCUGGCUAGCCCUCUGGCUUCCUACAUCUCAGGGAUUGUGCUGGUGGUUGAUGGUGGCAGCUGGAUGACAUUCCCAAAUGACAUUGAGCAAUUGCUAGAGUUUGAGUCCUCCUCUGCUAAGCUGUAGUCCCUCCCUCUCCUCAGCCCUUUCCCUGCCCUCCCCUUUUUUCUCAGAGAAGGGGAGUCCUCCCAUGGAUAUACACCUUCUUCUUUUUAAAGAUAGGAUCUCAUGUACUAAUAUUAUUUAGCUGAAGAUGAUUUUACAAAAGAGCCAUCCUUCCAAUUUUCGCCAUCUUUGAAGAUCACACCCAAGGCUUCAAGCAGAAUCAGCUGAACUACGUCCUCCACGCCAGGAUACAUCUUUGGACAUGUAAACAUUGUACCUAAGUCAGUUGUAUUGAGGAGGUAGUGUUCUUCAUGGGGAAUACCUCCUGCCUCACACAGGUCUGCAGUCACAUGAGAAAUGUCAGAUCUGAUUUGGAAAUCUGAGCCCAUUUGCCCUGCCUCUGGGAUCAAGCUCUUUCCAUGUGUUGGCGCUCUCUCUCUCUCUCUCUCUUUUUUUUUUUUUUUUGUUAGUUAGUUUGUUUGUUUUUCGAGACAGGGUUUCUCUGUGUAGCCAUGGCUGUCCUGGAACUCACUCUGUAGACCAGGCUGGCCUCGAACUCAGAAAUCCACCUGCCUCUGCCUCCCAAGUGCUGGGAUUAAAGGCGUGCGCCACCACUGCCUGGCCAUAAAUGCAUUUUCUUGUAAAAAGUAUCUAUGAGUUGGAAUUUGUAAAAGUUUCUAGAAAGAAAAUUUAAAAGAUUAAUUCUAUCACUG